UCUACCUCUCUUUGGUCUGACUACUUAGCUUUCAUUCAAGAAUAUGAUCCCUCAGUACGAGAAUGUUCCCCUGCUGGUAUCUCCAAGGCAAGAGAUCUAUUUGAACGUGCUCUUACAGCAACUGGUCUGCAUGUUGCUGAAGGAAAUAAAAUAUGGGAAGCAUACAGGGAAUUUGAGCAAGCUAUUCUUCACGCUAUUGAUGAGGCUGACAUUCAGGCGAUAGAAAAGCAAGUCCAGCGCAUCCGAAGUAUAUUCCACCGGCAAUUAGCAGUCCCCCUUGUUAAUAUGAGGUCAACACUUCUUGUUUACAAGGCUUGGGAGGCAGAACAGGGAAGUAUUCUCAAUAUUGAAUCCGAUAGUUUGGAUGGGGUAUCUUCUCAUGUUGCCUCCGCGUACCAAAAGGCAUUGGAUGUGUACAAUGCUCGUGUUCAUCUUGAAGAAAAAAUUUCUAGGCAGGAUAUACCUGACUUGGAAAGACUUCAAGAGUUCAUGAACUAUGUGAAAUUCGAACAGUCCUCUGGAGACCCAGCGCGUGUCCAAAUUCUUUUCGAUCGCGCUAUUACUGAAUUUCCUGUAUCAAGUGAUCUCUGGCUUGAUUAUACGCGCUAUUUGGACAGGACCUUGAAGGUGGGCAGUGCUGUAACCAAUGUUCAUUCAAGGGCCAUAAAAAAUUGCCCCUGGGUUGGAGAACUUUGGGUUCGAUAUUUGCUUUCCUUGGAACGUAAUCGUGCCUCUGAAAAAGAAAUUUUUGCAGUAUUUGAGAAGGCCCUCCGAUGUACUUUUUCAACUCUUGAUGAG